CUCUCUCUCUCAUAAUGCGUCUAUGCAUAGUUCCAUCUUUUGUGACAAAGCAAGCAUAUAUACAGAGCGACCAGGUUCAAUGAACCCACAAAUGAACAUGAACUCCUCUCUCUCUCUAUGCUAUUUAACUUCCAUUCAUGCCCAAGAACCAAGACCAGAUUAACUUCCAUUCAUGGCUUUGACAGCACAGAGUUUCACUCUGUCGUUCUAGCGAUCCAUGAAUUGGCUGUUCCCUACCAUUGUUGCUAUUUUAUUCCAUCAACAUCAGUAGAUAGAGUCUGUGAAUUGGAUAAGCUUGUGAGACCCAUUAAAGCAGAGUCAGAGCUGGACCAUUCAACAGCUUCUUCUUUGUCGGUGGUGGCUGCUCCUGCUACUGUAUUCUUUAGAAACAUCAAAGACAAGUAUGCUUGGAUUGCUGGUAAUAGAAAACAAGAGUCUCAAGGCAUCAGAACCAACAUAUCUGCUGUUCAAAUAGAGUCUUCAUUGGAAGGAAAUACUGAUGGGAUUCAAAGCCUGGUGUAGUGGAAUCAAGAUGUCCAGUUAUCAGGAAUUUCCUACAAACUAUGAACAGCUAUAUGUCCAUUUGCAAGGAACUAGAAUCAGCAAACAGACGGCAGAGCGUGGGAGCUACGGUUGAAACUUCUACGAUCUUAUGUUUGUGCUGAGAAGAUACAGAGUUCCCCUUCGAAACUUCAGUUUUCUCGCAUCAUUGGCCAUAUGCCAUGAUGCAUUUUUCUUAUCUUUCUUCUGAAAGUGAGAGUGCUUUGUGAAAUUGCGAUGCUCAUGAGUGUUUACUACUGAAAUAAAAAAAAAGAAACUAUCUUUAUUAAGUCAAACUGAAUCUAGUUUCCAUUGAA